ACCAGGAUCGGCGCAUGGAUUUCAUGUACAAAUAAAGUGUACUCCAUAGUGGUAGAGUAACAUGGCUUUGAACAUCCCUGGUGUGGUUGCGGUGCUGUUGUUCUACAUCCUGAUCCUGGGCACAGGGGUGUGGGCAGCACAGAAGUCCAGGAAAGCGGAGAGAAAGAGCAAUGGAGACAGGACUGAAGUGGUGCUCCUCGGAGAACGGAGAAUCAACUUGGUGGUUGGGAUUUUUACUAUGACUGCUACAUGGGUUGGAGGUGGGUUUAUCCUGGGCCUGGCUGAGGCAGUGUACACACCUAACAGGGGGCUGGUAUGGGCACUUAUGCCUUUACAAUACUCCUUCAACUUCAUUUUAGGUGGUCUUUUCUUUGCCAAGCCAAUGAGGGACAAGAUGUAUGUCACCAUGAUGGACCCACUCCAGCAAAAGUAUGGCCACAUACUAUGUAGUUGUCUGGCACUGCCAUCUCUACUGGGUGAUAUGCUAUGGGUGUCCUGCACUCUGUUUAGUUUAGGUAAACAAAACACAUUCUUAUUAAUUGAAAGAAUAUCAGCUCUGUGCAAGCUAUUCAAGCAGCUGAAAUACUUCUAUCUACCAGGAAUAACUAUGAGCGUGAUACUGGACUUGCCCUAUUCCUAUUCUGUUUGGAUCUCGUCAGCGGUGGCCAUUAUCUACACUUUGUUAGGAGGUCUGUAUUCAGUGGCCUACACUGAUGUCAUCCAGCUUGCGCUUGUAUUCGUCAGUCUGUUCCUGUGCGUCCCCUUCGUUCUGCUCAGUCCCAAAUCUCUAAGUAUUGCCCAGACUGCUUUCAACCAUACGUUCCAAGAGCCUUGGGUCGGCAACCUGCAGCAGGAUGACAUAUGGAUGUGGAUUGAUGACUUUUUAUUGUUGGGUCUUGGUAGUGUAGGGUUUCAGAGCUUCCACCAGAGGACACUGUCUGCAGCAACUUCAGCCACAGCCCAGCUAACCUGCUAUGCAGCUGCUUUUGUCAUUGCCAUAUUGGGAAUCCCCCCAGUCUUAGUAGGGGCUGUCGCUGCCUCCACAGACUGGAACCUGACAUCGUAUGGCCUUCCACCUCCUUAUGAUCGUGGCGAGCAGACUUUUGUGCUUCCCUUGACCCUGCAGUCUCUCGCUCCACCUUACAUCUCAGUCAUCGGGAUCGGGGCUGUUGCAGCUGCUGUCAUGUCAUCCACAGACUCUGGUCUGUUAUCUGCAACCUCUGUCUUCUCUUCAAACAUCUACAAGAACAUUCUGCGUAAAGAGGUGUCAGACUAUGAAAUGCAGUGGGUGAUUCGGAUUGCGGUGGUGGUGGUGGGCGUGGUUGGGACAUCCAUAACAUUCUACCUCAAAAGUACCUUGGUCCUUUGGAUCCUUGGAGCAGACGUUGCUUACACCCUAAUCUUUCCCCAUCUGGUCGCUGUGCUCUUCUUCAAAGGGACAAAUGGUUAUGGUGGUACCGUGGGUUACAUCUUGGGGAUUACUAUAAGGAUUUUGGUGGGUGAAAAUACCAUAGGUCUUCCUGUUGUUCUCCCUCUUCCCGGCUGCACAUUGGUAGAUGGCAUCUAUGUACAGAAAGCCCCUUUCAGGACAUUCUCCAUGCUCUGCACCCUGGUCACCAUUGUAUUAUUUUCCUCCCUAGCUUUGUUCAUCUUUGACCGUGGCCUGUUGCCUCCACACUGGGACGUUUUCAAUGUGAAAUCCAGUGUUUCUGGAUCUCCAGAGAGUCCUGUCACACAGAGUGGCAGAGAAGAAACUGAAAGUGACAUCCAGUGUGACGACAACAGACGAGGAGUUCCUUUACAGCCAAUGAUACAGUCUUAAUCACAAACAUCUUUUAAUUUUUUUAUACAGCUGUUGAUAUUUUAAUUUGUUUGAAUAAACAUGUAGGAAAUUACA